AACACACACAUCUUUUAUCGAUCACGUGCUUUCCUCUUCUUUUUCUCUGCUCUUUCUGCACUCUCUCACCUUAAUUGUUAUCUCUUUAAAUUUGUUGGCUUCUUCCAUGCAAACCUUAUCCAAUCUUUUUUAGUCGUUAGUUUUGUUCGUUAGCUUUUCUUUUUUUUUUCCUUUUCUUUUAUAUAUAAACAGUUUUGUUCGUUGGUUGACAAAGUUAAAGGUCUCAAAAAAAUAGUUAAAUUAUAGUAAGUGUGAAUUAUACACUUUAGUAGCAAAAGACAUGGAGAACAAGAACAACAAAAAGAAAGUUGGAGGAGCUGGUUCUUCCUCAUCCACUCCUACCAAUUUUGAUCAUCUUUUUGGUCCUAAGGAUCCAUCCACCACUUCAUCUUCUUCCAACAGCAUCUUUAGCUCCAUUUUUCCACCUCCAUCCACUGGUGGAUGGAGAGAUUCAACAAGGCACGACAUGGGAUCCAAUACUUAUGGAGCACCAGGAAAUUACUCAAACAAAGGUGGAAAUAGCGCUAACAAGAAUACCGGUAGUGAUACCACCUAUUAUCAGAAUGAGACAGUGGAGCCCAGUAAUUACUACAGUUCCUCAAUCUAUUAUGGUGGUCAAGAAAAUUAUAAUUCCCCAACAACCUGCAAGACCACUCAAACUCCCCAUUUUACCAAGAAAAAUAAGGAUGAUGAUGAUGAUUCGAAUGGUAGCGAUAGUGGCAGUGCUUCAAGAGGGAACUGGUGGAAAGGUUCCCUUUAUUACUAACAUCAUAAGUCUGCCACAGUAUGCAACACCACCCUCUACACAAGUGUUACAGGAAGAACAAUGUACUAUAUAAAUAUGAAGAAGCAGUACUCUAUUCUAGAUAGUUAACUAGUCUAUGGAAGGAAAUAAGACACGGUAGCUAGCACAUACAAUGCAACUACCUAUUUUAGCAACAUGUGUGUUGGGUCUUUUUUGUCACAUCUCGCACAUAUAAAUAUAUAUAAGUUACAAUAUAUAGUACCAAAGACAACCUUCAGCAGUAGAUAGCAUAAUUACUACGUGCCGAAUGUGUUGUAUUUUAUACAUAAAUAAAGGUUUCAGGAUGAUAUAUAUAAAUGUCCUUGUAUUUAGACUA